ACUAAGCAUCUAACGCGUCUGUCAGCGUCUGCACUUUCUUUUUUCCUGCCAUACGCUGAGAAUGGGUAUUUCCAGGGAUAACUGGCACAAACGCCGCAAAACUGGUGGCAAACGAAAGCCCUACCACAAAAAGAGGAAGUAUGAAUUGGGUCGUCCUCCAGCCAAUACCAAGAUUGGACCUCGCCGUAUCCAUACUGUGCGAGUCCGUGGUGGUAAUAAGAAGUACCGUGCAUUAAGGUUAGAUGUUGGAAACUACGCAUGGAGCUCAGAGGGUUGUACUCGAAAAACCAGAAUCAUUGAUGUGGUUUACAAUGCCUCAAAUAAUGAGCUUGUUCGAACCAAAACUUUGGUGAAAAACUGCAUUAUUUUGGUUGACAGCACUCCCUUCAGGCAGUGGUAUGAGGCCCACUACGCUUUGCCUCUUGGGCGUAAGAAAGGAGCCAAACUGACCCCAGACGAAGAAGAAGUCUUGAACAAAAAGAGAUCUAAGAAAAUACAGAAAAAGUAUGAGGAGAGGAAAAAAAAUGCCAAGAUCAGUCCUUUACUUGAAGAGCAGUUUCAGCAAGGCAAAUUACUUGCUUGCAUAGCUUCAAGACCUGGGCAGUGUGGCAGAGCAGACGGCUAUGUCUUGGAAGGCAAGGAGUUGGAAUUUUACCUAAGAAAAAUCAAAGCAAAGAAAGGCAAAUAAAUGUAUAAAAUACUGUUCAUUAAAAUUGGAAAAGAAAAA